AUGAAUGCAUCAUCACUCUCGCGAUUUGCAUCAUGGCACCGGCCGUCCCCCAAACCCCAGAUUUGUCUUUUAUGUCGUCGAAUGUUUUCAACGAGUCAACCGUCAUUAGCCGGCCACAAUAAAUGGUCCAAGACGAAACACAUCAAGGCAGUGACAGACAAGAAGAAGAUGUCGGAACGAACUGCAUUCACCAAAGUCAUUGCUAUGUACUCUCGAAUGUAUGGAGAAGAUGUCAAGUUCAACCCUCAAUUAGCGAAUGCCAUAGCUGCCGCAACAAAAGCGAGCGUCCCGAAAGCCCUCGUCGAAGCCGCCAUCGCCCGCGGCCAGGGCCGAUCAGCAACCGGAGCGCAACUAGAAUCCAUGACAUUUGAAGUCCUCAUGCCGCCCAACAUAGCCUUAAUUGCCGAUGUAGAGACCGACAACAAGACACGAUCCCUGCAUGACCUCAAAUACGUCGUCAAGAAAGCCGGUGGCGUUGCUGGCUCAACUUCAUUCUACUUUUCCAGACGGGGUCGCAUCAUAUUCAAGAAUAAGUCAGACGGACCAAGUUUGUCUGAUGUUUUGGAAGAGGCCAUUGAGCACGAUGGAGCGGAAGAUGUGGAAGAAGUACCGGAUGGGGGCUUCUUAGUGUGGACGCAGCCUACGCAGUUGAUGGCGAUUACCGAAGCACUUUCGAAGCGAUUCGAGCUCGAGGUUGCCGAAUCAGACAUUAUUUGGGCGGCUAAUGAGGAUACAAAGACUGCGAUUGACACCAAGGAUUCUGCUGAGAGCUUAGACGCUCUUUUUGCUGCGUUGCGAGAGUAUCCUGAGGUCAAGGCAAUUUUUGCAAAUAUCCGUCGGGGAAGCAUCACCGAGAAUGAGUGGGAUAAGGUAGAGAGGCAUAUAGAUGUAUAG